UAUAGCCAUUCUGAACUACUUUCCUUUCUUUCUAAUGUGACAAUUUUGUUAUAAUCGGACAAAGCACGUUUUGAGGAAAAGAAUACUUCGUAUUUUGUGCAUUAUUUUGAGUGUGUGCAUCGGUUCAACUCAUCUGUGCAUCUCUUCAAUCAUCAUACUAUAUAAAAACUGGAAAUGGCCACCUCGAAAAUCUACAUUGUCGUAGAAUUUGAUGAUGGCCUGGCAAUAGUACCUUCAUGUUGGUUAAACGAGAGUGAAAUGAAAUGUGCUUAUCCCACUUUUCGGGAUCCAACAAAAAUAAAAAAGGCUGUUGCAUCACAAUUAUCUCCUGAAGAUAACUCAAACUGGAAAAAAUAUGAUGUUAUAAAAAUCUUCUAUAGAACAAAUUUAUAUGAAAAAGCAAAAGAGAAGCUACUUAUUGCUGAAAAUAUGUCAGAUUUGACGGCUGACGAAAGCACAGAAAAUGAUGACAAAAGAUGCGUCAAAGAAAAAAAAUCAAGACAUAUGCGAGCUAAAAAAAUUUUUUCUUCGUCAGAAGAGUGUGAAUUUGAUUCUGACGUUAGUGAGAAAACAACCAAAUUAUUACCCUUUCCUAAACUUACAAAAAAAUCUUGUGUCACGAACAAUAAAAAGAUUUCUGCAAGUCAAUUAGCUUCACCGCCAUCAAUACAUAUAGAACGCUCAAAAUCUGAAUGCCAAAUCAGUUCUGCUAAGCAUAAUAAAAGUUUAGAUAAAGAAGCGACAAUAAAUGAUAGAUACACAACAGAACGGAGAUAUUGUGACAAUCUAUCAGAUGAAAAUGGCAACUCGAAAAUGACUGAGAAAGAUAAAAAUAUCAUGUGUACUGGAAGUAAAAACUUAUUAAUAACUGCAGAAAAUGAAUUUCAAAAAGAGGUUAUAAGAAAAUUACAAUUAUUGCUUAACAAAAUGACUGCUCUAGAAAAUAGAAUGAUAUUGCUAGAAACAUCAAACAUUAUGCGGCAUAGGGAGGAAGAAACAGUCAACAAUACUAUAUUAUAUGAGGAGUAUGAUCUUCCAUUACAAAAUAUGCAAGCAUUAGAACGAUUAGAACAGCUAUUAAAAACUAGCUCAUUUGCAGAUAAAAUGGUAAACACGCUGAAACAAGUGGGUGGAGUGAAUUUGUCCAAUAUAAUCCCAAAUAUGUUAAAAAAGUUACUAAGCGACCAUUUUGCACAGACUUUCAGUUAUUUAGGACAACGAAACAAGAAAAAUUUUAGUGCUCUAAAAUUAUGCUCAAUUGUGAAGAGAGUGAUACGAAUUCAUAAACCGGAAUCAAGUGAUACACAGAUUGCUGAGUUAAUAUCGAGUUGGUUAAUACACGCUAAGUGGCGAGUGCAAAGAGCAGAAGCAAAAGCGAAAAAGCAACAGGAGCGUGAAGCAAUCGACGAAGCAGAGAAUGCGAACUGAUGAUGGAAAGAUGCAAUAUAUAAUUCAUAUUAAGUCAUAUUAAAACUCAUAUUUAGUUUAU